AUGCCCAUCACCAUCCUCAAACCACAACCGGCCGCCCACCGCCCUCUCACAUCCCACAUCUCCCCAGACUCAGACUCCGACUCCGAGGGCGGCGUCGACAUCCAAGGCGAUGUAUCCAUGAGCGGAACCAAACAAACACAAAGCAUAGACCCAGAUGAAAUCCUCACGCCAGGCACAAUCAUAACCUCCAACCCCCAAUGGAUGCGCGGCCACGGCACCUACCUCCCCCCUUCAACCCAGUCCAUCACCUCCUCCCUAGCCGGCACACUCACCAAAACCAACAAACUCCUCUCCGUGCGGCCCCUCCGCGCGCGCUACACCCCCGAAAUAGGCGACCUCGUAGUCGGCCGCAUCACCGAAGUCCAAGCCAAGCGGUGGCGCGUCGACGUCGCCGCCAGCCAACUCGCCAUCCUCCAAAUCAGCGCCAUCAACCUCCCCGGCGGGAUCCUCCGCAAGCGCACAGAGACAGACGAGCUCCAGAUCCGGUCCUUCUUCUCAGAAGGCGACCUGGUCGUCGCAGAGGUGCAGCAGCUGCACCAAGAUGGCGCGGCGUCCCUGCACACCCGCUCGCUCAAGUACGGCAAGUUGCGGAACGGGGUGUUCGUGAGCGUGUCGGGGACGGGAGGCGGCGGCGGGGUGGUGAGGUCGAAGAGACAGGUGUGGACGAUGGAGGGCGCGAAUUCGGCGGGCAAGAUUGACGUGCUGCUGGGUGUGAAUGGGUAUAUUUGGAUCAGUAAGCAUGUUGAGAGUGAGAUUGCCGCCGAGGCGGCGGGGAUUAAUAAGAUGGAGGAGAGUGUGAGCAGCAGGGUGUACUCGAGUCAGAAUGAUGAGAUUGACGUGCCGACCAUGAGGGAGAUUGCGAGAGUGAGGAGUGUGAUUUUGGCAAUGGUUGAGCAUGGGGUGAGGGUGGAUGAAGAUAUGGUUAGUAGGGGGUACAUGGAGGCGGUGGAGAUGGCGAGGGAGGACGAGAGUGAUGAUUUGUAUCUGGGAGGUGAAAAGGGGGCUAGAUUGGCAGCAAUAUUGGCAGGCCACUAA